AUGUCUUGCUUCACGCAUAUCACGUAUAAAACUCUGACAACGUACCUUUGCUCGUGCUUCCCCGCUCUCUCACAAACUCUCUCUCUCUCUCUCUCUCUCUCUCUCUCUCUCUCUUUCUGUCUCUGUCUCAAUUCAUCUUUGGUAAUUUAUGGACAGAGCGCAAUUAAUCUCACGCUUCAUCGAUUUGCUUCUUUUCACUCUCCGCUUUUUUCUUGCCUCUUGUUUUUUUUUAUCAUUUUUUUAUUCAAUUCAAAACUUGCUACAAUAGAGACUUAUCUGCCCACAAAUUGUAUCAUAUUUCUUUCCAUCUAUCUAUCUAUCUAUCUAUCUAUCUAUCUAUCUAUCUAUCUAUCACAGUCUAUUCAUAUCUAUCUAUCUAGUUUGAGUCAUCAUAUCUAUCUAUCUAUCUAUCUAUCUAUCUUCGUCUCUUCAAAUGUAUAUCUAGUUUCAGUCUCAUCAUAUCUAUCUAUCUACCUGUCUAUUGAGUCAUCAUAUCUAUCUAUCUAUCUAUCUAUCUAUCUAUCUAUCUAUCUAUCUAUCUUCGUCUCUUCAAAUGUAUAUCUAGUUUCAGUCUCAUCAUAUCUAUCUAUCUACCUGUCUGUUCAUAUCUAUCUAUCUAUCUAUCUAUCUAUCUAUCUAUCUAUCUAUCUAUCUAUCUAUCUUCGUCUCUUCAAAUGUAUAUCUAGUUUCAGUCUCAUCAUAUCUAUCUAUCUACCUGUCUGUUCAUAUCUAUCUAUCUAUCUAUCUAUCUAUCUAUCUAUCUAUCUAUCUAUCUAUCUAUCUCAUCAUAUCUAUCUAUCUACCUGUCUGUUCAUAUCUAUCUAUCUAUCUAUCUAUCUAUCUAUCUAUCUAUCUAUCUAUCUAUCUCAUCAUAUCUAUCUAUCUACCUGUCUGUUCAUAUCUAUCUAUCUAUCUAUCUAUCUAUCUUCAAUCUCAUCAUAUCUAUCGAUCCAUCUAUUUUGGCCUAUAUAUUUUGUCUAUAUCGCCUGA